AUGCCUCUAUUUACCAAGUUCAAGAAGGCCAAAGAUGCCGCCAUCGAACACAAGAAGACUGCUGCCGCCGAGCAGGUCAUAUCACCGGCACCACCAUAUAAGCAUGUACCUACACAUGCAAAACAGGACGCUUUGGCUAUGCAGCCAACCACCGUGAGACCGGAGGAACUCCAAGCCAGGAUUGCAGCAGCGAGGAAGCGACGGGCCAAUUCAUACCAGUCCCCAGUGACUUCACGCCAUUCUGUGUACCACUCCUGCGAAUCGUCGCGUGCAUCAUCUCGUACAAAUAGUACUGCACAGUUCGUCAACAUGUCGGCUUCUGCAAGCCUCAAAGGCAAAGCCAAAUCAGCCGAAAGCAUUGACACGGUUCUCCGAAGACCGCAUUCUAUCUCGAAUGGAGUUACUUCAUCAAUGGCAAGUGGGCCACCACGUCCGAGUCAAUUCUCUUCUGCAGAGCCUGGCGCGGUCCUCCCUUACCCGUUUCCUGGCCGUCAACGCCCCCGGCCCACACAUACCAGAAGCAGGAGGUCAUCGUUUGCAAAGAAGAAGAGUCCACUAUCGAUGUCUGUCGAAGAGGAGCCAGACGAGCUGUUCUCGAGCAGUUCCAACACUUCUGCAGCCUCAACCCAAAGUUCUGCAACAAAUGAGUCGCGAGACAGCAGUAGCGACGACGACAAAGUACGCGAGCGUGCCACAGCCGCGGCGCCAACACAUCUUAGCGUGCCGACUCCUGUCGCAAAAAGUGUUCUAGCUCGCAGCGCCUCGCUUGCCCCUGGCAGGUCAAGGUGGUCCAUGUUCCAGCGUAAGAGCAUCGAUAUCUCUGCUCACUGA